AUGCAAAAGUCCAUAGGAAAAUAUACAACUUCGAAUUCAGGUUAUUUAGGAAGCGGAUCAUUGGGGAGAGUUGAUAAAGGGAAGGACCCUGAGAAAAAUAUUGAUGUGGUUCUUAAGGCAAUUCCUAGGAGUAUUUUAAAGGAUGACGAGGCUAUUCGGUUGGCUUUGUUGGAUGAAAUAAAAUUGUUUCAAAAAAUAAAGAAUCCAAAAGUAGUGGAACUUUUAGAUGUAUUUUAACAUGAGGGAACAUAUUAUAUGGUGAUGGAAUACAGUCAACUCAAUUUAUAACAGUUAAAUAUUAUAUAGAAAAUGUGUAUGAGUGAAUAAGAAGCUAUUAAGAUGUUAAAUGAUUUACUUGAAGGGUUCACUGAGUUAAAUAAACACGGGGUGAUGCAUAGAGGAUUAAAAUUAUCCAACAUUAUGGUAAAUGAAGGAGUUUUCAAAUUAGCUGAUUGUGGGUUAUCCAAAUGUUUAGAGUCAUUCAGAAAGGAGUAGUAAUAGCUAUCCUAAUAUCAAUAUUUAUCACCACAAAUUUUAUCCGGUCAAAAAUAUACAAAUAAAUGUGAUAUAUGGUCACUUGGUAUCAUAUUAUAUUAAGUGCUCUUUGGAUACACUCCUUGGUUUGGUGCAAAGUUAGAUGAUUAUCAACAUUAAUUAUGGCAUACAUUACUCUAAUUUUCAGAAGACAAAAAAUAAAUUAGUAAUGAGAUGAAAUCUUUCAUAGAAGGUUGUUUGGCAAUUGAAGAGGAGGAGAGAUUUGAUUGGGAUGCAGUUUAUAAACAUAAAUUGGUGUGUGAGCAUUUCAAGAAUUACAGAUCUCAAAUUAAACAGGAUCAAAUCAAAUUUCUGAUGAACGAAGUUAGGUAAAAAAUCAUCAAGUAGAAUAUCGAUGUGAUUAAGUUAUUUAAUGAACUAGAUGUCAAUGGAGAUCAAAAUUUAGAAUAUAAAGAAUUGGUUGUACUACUUACAAAAAUAGAGAAAACGUUAUCGAAUAAUGAUUGCAAAAUCAUAUUUAAACAAUUGGAUCUUGAUGGGGAUAAAACUAUUUCUUUUGAUGAAUUUGCAAAAUGGUUAACUGAUAAUAAUACAAAGAUGACUUUAUUAACUAGGAAAUUUCAUCGUCAAUCGACUAUGAAAACUGCCCCUUCACCUGGAAUCUAACCUUAGGGUUCUAAUUAGCCAAUAUAGAGCUAAGCCAACAUAUAAGCUCCAGCGGGAUUUGACAAUUAGCUCUAUAAUCCUAUGUUCACAUAGGAAGAUUUAGAAACAAAUCCUUUUGAAGAUAUUUGCAAGUAGCGAUCUCCUGAAUAAACUAUUUUACUUAUUAAGGAUGGAAUCAAUUAAUUUAGAUUGAAUCUAUUUGAUUUUUUUUGUAGAUUUGAUUAGAAUAGAGAUGGAUUUUUAUCUUUUUAGGAAUUUUAUGUCAUGGCUAAAUAAAUUAACCAAUAAUUAACCAAUGAAGAAUUAAGAGUAGCAUUCAAAGUUUUCGAUUUGAAUGACGAUAAUUUUAUUAAAUUUGACGAAUUUAAGGAGAUCCUUGCAAUUACAGUUCAAAGACCAAAUAAAUUAAAUUUGAGUUUUCCACAAUUUCCUAUGCAAAAUUUCAAGUCAUGCUCCUUUUUUUGGUACUUAAUAUUAAUAAUAGCCAUAAUAACCAUAAUAGCCAUAAUAACCAUAAUAGCCAUAAUAACCAUAAUAGCCAUAACUUUCAUAAUAACCAUAACUUCCAUAAUAAGCAAUAGUUUCUUAAUUUCAAUAAUAACCUUAUUAUUAAAACUAAAACUAAUAAUAAUAAUAUAAUAAUAAUAAUAAUAAUAAUUGUUAUAUCAAAAUAAUAGCUAUUAAAGCUUACCCUAUAACUAAUUUUAAUAAGGAGGAUAAUAGUAAUAAUAUCCUAAUUAAUAAUAAUUUAAUAACAACAUUCCAAAUCAAAAUAAUGAUCUUAAUAUUGCUUACUAACUUAUGAAUUAUUGA